AUGCCAUCUUCCACUAUGCGAAACGGUAGUUUGUCCCACCAGCUGCUGCUAAAAGGUGGCACGGUCCUCAUCCACGAUGAUCAAGACAACGUACAAGCUUUGGAAAGAGACAUUCUCAUUGAGGGCAAUCGCAUCAUCAAGAUUGCUUCAAACAUCGGAAAUGUCGCUAAUGCAGAGUUGAUCGACUGCGACUCAAUGAUCAUCUCGCCUGGCUUUGUGGACACGCAUCACCAUCUUUGGCAAACCCAACUCAAAGGGAGACACGCCAACGAGCUUCUUCUCGACUACAUGGCAUCAGGAAAUUUGCAGUCAUCCAAUUACACCAAAGAAGACAUCUACUGGGGUCAGCUUGGUGGAUGCCUUGAAGCUAUCAAUGCUGGUACCACAACUGUUGUCGACCACUCGCAUAUAAACACCUUCCAAGGUGCUGCCACUGUGUCAUCAGGUCUACGAAGCGUCUAUGGAUACUGCCCGACAGCUCGUGUCGCUUCAUGGUCACCUUUCGAAAUGAACCCGGAAAUGAUCGCAUCAUGGAAUCUGCAAGAAUUGCGGAAGUUCGGAGCUCAGGCUCCUUUCGGAGACGGCCGAGUAACCAUGGGCUUGGCUUUUGAUCUUUGGUUCCUGCCAGAACAGGUUGUUCAAGAACUCUUCCAAACAGCUCGAGAGGCUGGGAUCGAUUUGGCUACUGCCCACGCUGUUCGCAACCAUCAGUUAAGCAUGGGCGAUGUCAUACAGCAGGUCAAAAGCCAGGGCUUGUUGGACGAUCGGAUGCUGUUCAGUCACGCAAAUGGGUACCCUGUCGAGAGUAUUCAAGAUGUGGCGGAUGCUGGAGCACAUAUCAGCAGUACACCUUCGACAGAGAUGCAAAUGGCGCUAGGAAACCCAGUCUGUCUUGAUGAUGACUAUCCCAUGGCUCAAGCACAGUCAAGUCUGGGUAUUGAUUGUCACAGUAACCAGGCUUCAAGCAUUGUAUACGAGAUGAGACUUGGCUUGCAAGCCUCACGGGCAAAGUAUAACCAGAAACUCAUCGACCAAGAGCUAGCUCCACGACGCAUAUCCAAGAAAGUACAGGAUGUGUUCAAUCUUGGUACUAUCCAAGGUGCCAGAGCGAUCAAGAAGCAAGAUCAACUUGGCAGCAUUGCUGAAGGAAAGUUAGCUGACCUGGUCAUCUUUGACGCCAACACACCCGAGCUGCUCUGCGCCGCCGAUCAAGACCCAUUAGCUGCUAUUGUUCUACACAGUAGUAUCGGUAAUGUCGACACUGUCAUCAUUGACGGAAUUGUGAGGAAACGUGGGGGUAAGCUGGUUGAUGUGGAAGUCGAAGAAGACAUGCGAGACGUUGCAGGUAAAGAACACCUUGGCUGGAGCGAUGUGGCCAAAGCUAUGAGAAAGUCUAGAGUGGAGAUUAUUGAGAGGGAGAAAAAACAGGACUUUGCAGAGUUGAAGCAGGGUUUUAUGCGUAACCUAUUUGUCGAUGAGUUAAAGCUACGAGACUGA